GCUGCACACCCCGCCGCCGGCCGGGCCGAGCCGCGCCGCCUCCCGGGGCAGCCCCGCCGCCCCCGCCGCGCAACAGUUGCCCCCAAGUCGUGGCCGCCCCCACCGCCCACCCCGGGAGCCCCCUCGGCGCCGGGAGGAGGAGGCGAGGGUUGCGGGGGGGCUCGGGGGCUGCGCGGAGCCGCUGCCGCUCUCCGCCGCCGCCCGGCGCCGGGGAAGGAGCCGCCGGGAUCCCCGCAGCCAUGGAGUGGGGCGGCGGGGCCGCCGCAAGGCUCCGCUCCGCCGGGCGCAGCCAUCCUCUCCUCCGCCUGCCGGAGCGGAGCGGCCCCGCCGCCGGCCACCCGCCCCCCUCCUAGGCUCCCGGGGCCGCCGAGCCCCCGCCCGCACCCCCUGAACCCCUUCGUGCAUCCCCCCUCGUGCAUCCCCCUGUGCAUCCCUAAAUCCCUCGUGCGUCCUCUCGUGCACCCCCCUGUGCACCCCCAAACCCCUCGUGCAUCCCUCUGUGCCCCCCCCCCCCCCGCCUUGUCCCUCCCCCGUGGCUUCCAGCCCCGAGCCCCCACCCCCCACCCCCUUUGCAUGCAGCCCCAGGGCUGCAGAAGCCGGGGCCGCACGCGAUGGGCACCAAGCAGACCAAGGGCUGCCAGCCGGGCACCGGGGAGAGCCCCCCGGCCCACCACCGCAAAAAAGUGCCCCCCAGGGAAAGGGGGGACUUCCUCGCAUCCCUCGUGGUGAAGUCCGGCGAGAAGUUUGGGAAGGGUGGUGGCAGCAGCUUGCCCCCUUACCACCGGCGGAUCUGCAUGAUCCAGGACAUGCUGGUGCUGGUGAAGCAGGGGAAGCAGGAGGAGGCCACCGAGCUGCUGAGGCACCUGCGGCAGGAUUUAGGAAUGGAAUCGACCUCUCUGGAUGAUGUCCUCUAUCGAUAUGCCAGCUUUCGAAACCUGGUGGAUCCAAUCACUCAUGACUUAAUCAUCAGCCUUGCUAGAUACAUCCACUGCCCCAAACCGGAGGGGGACUCUCUUGGGGCCAUGGAGAAGCUUUGCCGGCAGCUCACCUACCACCUCAGCCCCCACUCGCAGUGGAGACGCCAGGGCAUCAUGAAGAGGAAGCCACAGUCCUGUUUGAAAGCUGUCCUGAUGGGCAAGCCUCAGGACAACACAGUGGACUUGUCAGGCAUCCCGCUGACGCUGAAAGACUUGGAUCGCGUCACGUCCUACCUCCAGCACAGCUCAGAGCACAUUGACACGGUGGAGCUGUGCUUCACGGAGCUGACAGACGACAUGCUGCUGCAGCUGCUGCCAGCGCUCUGCGUGCUGCCCCACCUCACCACCCUCUCCCUCAACGGCAACCGGCUCACCAAGGCCAUCCUACGGGACCUCACCGAAACCCUGAAGGAUCCCAAGAAGUUCCCCAGCGUUACCUGGAUCGACCUUGGCAACAACGUGGACAUCUUCUCCUUGCCGCAGCCCUUCUUGGUCAGCCUAAAGAGACGAUGUCCAAAGCAAGGCAACUUGCCAACCAUUCUGGAGUUCGGUGAGGGUCAGGUAAGCGAUUUGGAGAGCCAGGAUGGCCUGGCUGAGAGCCAGGAGGACCUGCGAGCUGGGCCAGGCAAGACUGACAACACAGGCUUGCAGCAGACAGAUAGAACGGUCGAAGCUGGGGAGCUCCCCAACUCGGACCAAGGUGCUGCAACCCCGCAGACAUGAUGUCCAGCUCCGUGGCUCUUGGGUGGGCACGGUGAGCAAGGGUGACUUCAAACCGAGACCUCAGCGCUGAAGGUACUGGCAGAGGGUCGAUUCACAUGGUGGGAUGCUUCGGGAGCCCGGACUGCUGCCUUCCUCCUGUACAAUGAAUGUCAACUUCUCUCUUUUCAAAGAACACAAAAAGGUUAUCGUGUCGAAUACUUAUAUUUUACAAAAGCUGGCCAGGUAUUUUUAAACAUUAGUGAUGUGCUAUGCCUUUUAACCUCUCAAAAACGCAUCUCCAAGGUGGUGUCAUACAAGACCCUUAGAAGAGCACAAAAGGGGAGAAGAAAGGUGCCCAGACUUUGUAAAGAAGGGCUCCCUUUCCCUCGCGCUGGAUCUAGCCAGAUCGCAGCUGCUCUCCUAGGCAUGAUGGACAGACAGCAGUCACCCCAAAGAGGACUGCCACUGAGAUAAACCUUAAAUCCUUUCCAAUCCUGACUUCAGGAGUUGCUGAUGAAUAGCAUAUCUGCUGAGAUACAACAAAAGUCCGAUCACGCACUAACCAGGGGUGUUUCCCUUCAUAUUGUGAGCCAGCCUGCAGGGACAGCUUUGCUUUCCUGGUGCAAAGCUAAAUCCCAGCCCGCAGCAUGCCUGGAUGCUGCUCUCGCUCUCCAGCCUUACUGAAAUCAGGCUGGCACUUGUGCCUGCCCAGUAUUUAUUCAGAUGUAAAAUCCAGUUUCCCACUACCCGUGCUGCUGGAAUAACUCCAGAGCGUUUAACGUGGUACCUGGAGCUUGCACCAGCGACGCUGACAGUAUUUGAUCCAUUUUGAGACGCGAGCCACAAAAUCUGGAGCUGGGGCUCAGCUCAGGUUCAUCGCUGUUGAUGACAAAAGAGACUACAAUACUGAAGGUUUAUAAAAGAAAAAAUAAUCCUGGGGUUCAUCCCUGUAUCACUGCCGCUGAGGGCAGACACAGCCAGCUGGAGAUGUAAAGCCUCCGAAAGGCUGUUGGGACACUUGGCUGUGUCCGUUGCCCCCUGGACCAGAAGUCCUUUGUUUUUAAAAUGUUGUUUUGUUUUUUUCUAAGAGACAGGGGUUUGAUUUUAUUUUCUUUUUGAUGGAAAAUGGAUCACCCCAGAGCAGCAGUGCUGGACCAUGCACUUUGGCUUUUGAACCAGAAUUUCGUCUGAUCCUCAACCUGGGGGAGGGCAGGAAAGCGUGAAAACUUCCUCUCCCUUACCUUCAAAGGGCCAGACCUGACUCCCUUUGCUAAGAGGGAGCCCCUUUCUGGCUGUUCAAAGCCCAUUCCCCCGACCAGCUUUACAGCAUCGUUUUUCUGGCUCGCAGCGGUGACUCUCUGGCUUUGCUUUUUCUGGGUGCAAACGCAGUCAGACUUUUGGUCAUCUCUUUGGCUCUGUUUGGUUAACACCACUGCACCGGGAAGCUUUUUCCAGCAGCGCUUCACACUGUUGGUGGUUGUUUCUCCUCCGUACGCAAGUAGGUAAUUUAGAAGAAACUCUGCUACUCGUUUUAAUACAUUUGGCAACAUUCAGUAUGAUUUGCAUGUAUCCAAGCCUUUUUCCUUUGUUUGUUUGUUUGUUUUUUAAUGCUAACUCUUUCCAACAGGCAUGAAAAAACUUUGCAGUGAAUAAACUGAUCUGUUUGAAAUAAAGGAGCUAUCCGUAAUCAAAAUAAAUGAAAAUGUUUAAUAAAGACCCAGCGUUGAAUUUUUUCCUCUCUACAGGUUAAAUGCCCAGCUGGCAUCCCAGAGCACCCCAGCAAAACCGACGACCGAAGGAGCUGCAUUCUCCACGGUGCUUAAAAAAAGGGUCGCUAGAGAAAUAAAUAGCCCCGUUUAUGGGCUGGGUUCUGCAGGGUGGGCAGAAGGUGGACACAGAAGCAUUAUAAAAGCAUCUGUUAAAUUUUAAACGUCGCCAGUGUGCAAAACUAAUGGGGGAGAAAGGAAUGCUGAGGACAGUACACCGCCCCAUGGGUUUUCACCUCUUCUCAGUGCACCGAAGGGAAUGGCUGUUCUUUGCAGCAAGGAUUCCGUGGUCCUGGAUCUUUGUUCCAGCACCCAAACCAUGGCAUGGGACAGGACACGGGUGGGAAGAGGUUCAUUGUAACUCCCAGCAGACCUCUCCUGCAGCACUUGGGGACUAUUUCCACCAUUACUACAACUUUAAAAAGGUACCUUUAGUAAAGGUAGAAAUUAAGCAAGACAUGAUACACCAGGCUGGCCGGGUCUCGGCUGCAUCCCUCACCAUCAGCCCAUCCCUGGGGGAGGCUGCACUUCUCCCCCCUCCCCCUGCAGCCACAUGCAGGGAUCUGCUUGCCUGGGGCAGGCUGCAGGACUGAGUUAAUAUAGCACAUAUGCUUUGUCCAUAUGGAAAGGUUGCCAGGCAGCAUACAGAGCCUGUGCCUACACCCAGGGCAGGCAAUGUAGCACAGGCAGUAAAUCCACCAUCACUACUGCCACACAGACACACCGCCCUGCUGCACCAGGAGAUUUGGUAACUCCAUGUAUGGGGAUUUCAUCAAAAACAAGAUUCCUCCUUACAAACAAGAAAACUUCAGCAAUUUCUUCUGUAAGAGGUCAGGCACUGGUUUGCUCAGUACCUCAGUACUCAACAGUGGGCUCCUCUCCUUGUGCACAGGUCAGACCCCUCCAUCUGUUUAAACUAUUUAAAUCACAAGCUCCUUGCUGCAACCUUUUUAUUUUCUGCAAAGUAUUUGCACAGGAACCGGCCAUCCCGGGCCUUAGCAUUCGUCUGGACCCCCCGGUUUAGCUGUGCAAAUUCAUAAACCAGAGGCACUUUGCUUUUAGAGUGCUGCAUCACUUAGUGAUGCUUUGCACGCUCAGUUCCCUCACCAACACAAACCACCCAGGAGGUUGCUCCUGCCACAUUUCCCUUCCAGCUGAGCUUCUACCUGCUGUGAAACACAUCAAUCAACUGGGAAAUAUUUUGCAUUUAUCAAGCUCUUUCUGCACAGGGCUACCAGCAGCUCACCAGCUCAACUUUUGGCUACAGAGGGCUAAACAUAAGGCUCUGUCCCUAAGGCUGACGCAGAUGUGCUGCAGAUUGGGACCUCAUCCCAGCCAUCCCCCUCUACUGUGAAAUGCCGUGGUUGGAUCCCUUGUGUGAUCAUCCAGGACCAUGCUGCAAAGGAUGAGCCUCCAGAGAAAGACCCCACAGCCCUGUGCAGAUGUUGCACGACUUGAGCUAGCUCCGCUGGUACAGAGAGGCUGUGCCGGUAUCUCUGUGCCCAGUGAGGAUGCAGCCCUCGUGAGAAAGGGAAAUAACUAGAAAGGGCUUUUUAUUGUACAUUUGUGCAUGCUGAAGCAUGCAACCCAAAUUACUGACUUUCACAGGCAAAGAAAAAAACCCCACAGCUCUAGUGGAGACAGUUACUCAGUUAUAAAAACAAAGAGGACUUUAGCUAAUCAGUCUCUUCUUCACAGUGUGGAUUAGGUCAAUUAGCCAUUUAUUGCACUUCAGGAUGAUGAUCCUGUGGUCUCAGUGAAGAGCGGGGUUUUUUUUAAGAAAGCAGCAUGAGGUUGCCUCCCUUUCCAGCUCAUCAGCAUCAGAACAAGCCUGGAGCUCACUCCAUGUAUAAUCAGUGAUGUUCCCUGUGCUACAUGGGGCUGCUGCUUCUGGCCAGAAGCUUUUAAAUGGCCCUAGAAGAAGGAUUCAAGUACUGAAAAUCACUGCUGUUAGAAUAUUAAAGUUGGCUGAGGUCAUUUCUUGUCAAAGGGGGGAGAAAACGGCCACCAGAAAAUAAAAAAGUGCCUAAAACGCCCAAGCCCGCUUUGAUCUGUUAUCUCCACCAGCACCACACAGCUCUGCCUGGGCAUGAAAGAAGCCAGUCUGUGGGAGAUUUACACCUUCAGUGACAGAGAUGUAAUUGAAAAUGAUUCUGUGCAGAUGGAAGGGGAAUCGAAGGGAGAAUCGAGGGGAAUUGAAACAGUAGGUGAGGCAUGAGAGCCAGGGAAGGACCACUGCCAUGCGCUCCGGAGGGCUCGCUCCAGCUGGGUUCUCUCAGAAGAGUUUGCACAAGUCCUGUUUGGGUUUUGAAGGGAAUUAUUAAUUUAAAAUGAGGGUUAUGUUCCAGAAGAGGGGGGUCAGGAGCAAGCAAGAGGGCUGGUGAUGGUCACCCCCAAGCA